GACGCGCACAGAGAGGGGAGAGCAAACUGCGUCUCUAAAACUCCUGAGGGGUCCAGUGAGAUGAAACUGAGAGGAGAGCCUGGGGAAUACUCAGAAACUCAGUGCUGCAAUCACCAUAAGGAGUCAAGCAGGGAGAUGGAGCCGCAGCAGGGUCUGGGACUUUCAUAGAGAGGAUUUCACUUUAUUUCAUCGCUAUCUGAUGUGGGAAAUACAUCACUCCACGACAACCAUUACAUACAUGCUCCAUGGAGCUUAUCAAGUGCUGACUCCUUGGUGAGGGUCAGAAAAUGAACGCCUCCUCCUGCUGUGAUCCUGCAGUCCUCAUGUAUCAGCAGAGCUCAGGAUUUGACCUCAAUGCCAGCUGUGACUGGCUGCCUCAUCUCUGUAACUGGACAUCAGUGGACAGGGUGCCACGACUGCCUACCUUUUCUACAGCUGCCAAAGUCAGAGUGAUCGUAACAUUCAUCCUGUGUGGCAUCUCCACUUUCUGCAAUCUGGCUGUGCUGUGGGCAGUCAACAGCCACAAGCGCAAAUCCCAUGUCCGAGUGCUGAUAAUCAAUCUGACUGCGGCCGAUCUCUUGGUCACCUUCAUCGUAAUGCCAGUGGAUGCAGUGUGGAACAUCACGGUUCAGUGGCUGGCUGGCGACCUGGCCUGCAGAUUCCUGAUGUUCCUCAAGCUGCAGGCCAUGUACUCCUGUGCCUUUGUGACGGUAGUGAUAAGUCUGGACAGACAGUCGGCUAUCCUCAACCCUCUGGCCAUUAGCAUGGCCCGCAAAAGGAAUAGAAUCAUGCUGAUGGUGGCGUGGUCUAUGAGCGUCUUGUUCUCAAUCCCUCAGAUGUUCAUUUUUCAUAAUGUGACCAUCACGUAUCCAGCAAACUUUACUCAGUGCACCACCAGGGGGAGCUUUGUCACUCACUGGCAGGAAACAGCCUACAACAUGUUCACCUUCUCCUGCCUCUUCCUGCUGCCGCUGGUCAUAAUGAUCAUCUGCUACACCAGAAUCUUCAUCCAGAUCUCCAAACGGAUGACAAAAAAGAACUUGUCCUCAGACGAGCCACAUCUUCGCUGCUCAAAGAAUAACAUCCCCAAAGCUAGAAUGAGAACUCUGAAAAUGAGCAUCGUCAUAGUGAUCAGCUUCAUAGUCUGCUGGACCCCGUACUAUCUGCUGGGUUUGUGGUACUGGUUCUUCCCAGAUGACCUGGAGGGAAAAGUCUCUCACUCCCUCACCCACAUCUUGUUCAUCUUUGGACUUUUCAAUGCCUGCCUGGACCCUGUCAUCUACGGCCUGUUCACUGUACGCUUCCGCAAGGGGCUGAGGAGUUGCUAUCGCAAAGCCAUAGUGAUGUCAGACUUGGAAACUAACGUGGUGAUAGCGAAAUGUACUGCUACUGCUUUGCCCUCUAAAAGAGGGAUAACCACUGGUGAAAAAGACAGCGGCUGUGAACAGGCUGAGGCAGAAUCCUCGAGGGCAGGUCUCUGACUGUGUUCAGUGGAGGAGGAGGACAACCUAAAGUUGCCAUUAAAUUGUUUGGGCAUUAGUCUAGUGAACGCUGUAUAUAAAUUGUUUCUCCCCAUUUUAAAUAAUAGACUUGUACAGUUUUUAGAGCAAUACAGUGUACGAAAGGUGGGGCAAAAUGGUUUUAGAAAAGGAAAGAGCCUGUAUAGGUCACAUUUAUACAAUAUCAACAGUGGAUAGAAACAGAUUAAAAUAUAAUAAGCAUGUUUUAUUGAUUUUCAAAAGGCAUUUGACCAUAAAUUCCUGGAAUUAUAAGCUUUACCAAACAGGGGUUAAUGUAAAAUUCUACCAAGCUGUUAACGGCUCAUACAGCAACCCUAUUGGUUGUGUAAAAGUGAAUGAAUGUAUUACAGAAUGGAUUUCCCUCUGGUGUUUAACAAGGCAAUGAUCUAUUGCUAACAUUAUUUACUGUCUUUACUAAGGAUCUGGCAAGAGAGGUAAAACAGCUGGGGAAAGGGGUAUAAUGUGCAUUCUUCUUUAUGCUGAUGAUAUUAUUUUGCUCUCAGAAAAUGAGGGAGCUCUACAAACAAUGCUGACAUGUUGCUGAAUGGUGCAAAGAGUUGAGACUUUGAAUCAAUUUUAAAAACAAAAACAGAAGUUAUGCAUUUUUUGAGCAUAGAGUAGUUUUAUGUUUUGUGUUCAUGAGAAACAAUUUGAGUUAAUUUUCCAAGAUGAAAACAUGUCCUUUUUUACAUGACCCAUGCUUUACAGCAGACUAUGCAAUAGGGCACUGGGAGGUGUCACAGGGAGAACAAAAAUGCUGAGAUGUAACUUAUUCUACAUAUUCCAAACUGUAAUAAGGGGUUACAGAAGUUUUAAAAAUAAAUGAACGUGUCCAGAAAUGGGCAAUUUGAUUGUUUUUUUGUUUUUUUAAUUUAAGACAUGGGGUGGGACGCCUGUGAAGUAAGAAGGAAGGCCAACAUGAUGAGUGGGUGGUCCAGGCUGCUGGUUUAGCAGUGAAAUGAAAUUAUUUAAAAAGCAAACGUGGAGGCAGAAGAGGUUAAAUACUGAGUCCAGGCUAAAUGCACACAAUCAUAGGUAGAGGAAAUGUGGUAGAAGUUAAUACUGAGAACUUCCUGUUUAUUUAAGGAAGAUUUUAAAUGUGAAAAAUAUGUCAAGUGCAAUUUGCCUAAAAGUCAGAGAUUACUCCUCAAUUACCGCACUAUAUUCACAAAGAAUAUAGUGAGAGGUGGAAAUUUAUUUCAUUCUAUACUGUCCAUCAUGAUUAACGACAAAUAUUGUUUAAAAAAGUUUAUUCCUGAUUUACAUUUGAUAGCCAUAGAUAAUAUGGCUUUAAUUUAAUAUCUCUUUGAUAAUGUUUUUGCAUUCUCUGACUAUCUUUUAAGGGCUUGGGAUAGGAGGACAAAAGUAAUAAUGAUGGAUCACUCUGACUCUGUUUUGUAUGGACUGCAGUCUGUUGGUCUCUGAACUGGAUCAAGUAGUGUUUGAUGCUGUUUGGCACUGAUUCAUGUCGAUGCAGAUCUUGUCUUGUUUGGAUCUAUGUAUUGUGACUCAUACUC